GUAAGUAUCAGGUAAGGAUCAGGUGUUUAGUGUUCGUACAGAUGAGACCAGGCAAGGCAGUGCAGGAGAAGUGUCUCUUUAUAGUGAGUGCUGAUGAUGAGGUGCAGUGAAUCAGGAUUCCUGGGAAAGUGAACAAGUGUAGGACGCACAACCACAAGAGUAAGCAGUUGUUACGAAGACAGCCUGAAGUCAGCUGACACCUGAGACUGAUAAUACAUAUACAGAAUCAACACUGACAGUUUCUGAGAGCCCUAUCAAACUUUAAUUUUACUUUUCCUACAAUGGCCUUAUUAAACACUACUCUUCCCUGGAAUGUCUCUUUGGACAUCAACAACAGCUAUAUCAAAUCCAACAACUCAGGUGACAUGCAACCCACGGUGAAGAACUGGGCAGCUCUGUUUAUUCUGGUGAUCAUAUUUUUUACUGUUGCGGGGAAUAUACUGGUAAUUAUGGCAGUGUCCAUCGAAAGCAAGCUGCACAAUGCCACCAACUACUUCCUGUGCUCACUGGCUGUUGCAGACAUGCUGGUGGGAUUCCUAGUUAUGCCAGCCUCACUAAUUACUAUUCUUUACGAUCACACCUGGCCUCUCUCUGAACUGCUGUGUCCCAUGUGGCUCUUCCUUGAUGUGCUCUUCUCCACAGCCUCCAUCAUGCACCUGUGUGCCAUUUCUCUGGACCGCUAUAUCGGCAUCCGUAACCCAAUCAAAUACAGCCGCAGCAACUCACUUUGCAAGGCCAUGAUCAAAAUAAUCUCUGUUUGGAGCAUUUCUAUAGUGUUGUCACUGCCCAUUCCAAUAAUAGGUUUCCAGGAUAAGCAGAAGGUGUUUGUAAAUGGCACCUGCGCCCUGAAUGAGCCUCGCUUCGUCCUUGUUGGCUCAUUCGUGGCCUUCUUCUGUCCUCUGGUCAUCAUGGUGGUCUGCUAUUACCUCACACUCCGUGAUCUCCAGAAGCACAGCUCUUCCUUCCCGCUAGAGAGCAAGAGCUCCAAACAUUCUACCGCUGAGAUAAGCAGCACAAGUCUGCUCAACAGUCGGUCCUCCUCCAAGAAGUUCACAUUUCCAAUCAACAAACGUCUGUUCGGACGUCCACAAGACCAAGGAAACAAAGGAAUGAUGCAAGCUAUAAAAAAUGAACAACGAGCCUCCAAAGUCUUGGGAAUUGUCUUCUUCCUCUUCCUGGUCAUGUGGUGUCCAUUCUUCAUCACCAACGUGCUGAUCGCUAUCUGUCAGAACAACUGCAACAAGCAUCUCUAUACACUCAUUAACAUCUUUGUCUGGGUGGGAUAUGUCUCCUCUGGAGUGAAUCCCCUGAUCUACACACUUUUCAACGAGACGUAUCGCCAAGCCUUCGCUCGCUACCUACAAUGUAAAUAUCAUGAGGAGAAGAAGCCGAAGGCCAUCAGAACACGCUGACACAGUUCCAGCGCAAUGGUUACAUCUGAUCAUUAAUAGGACCAUAUUGACCUAUCUACGUACUUCUAAUAUGAGGGUGCUAAACUUCCUAUCCCUUUAAUGACAUGAUAGAUUGUUUAUGCAUUUUAUAAGAACAGUUUUUCUUUCUUGUGUAAUAGGACAUAACAAAUGUUUCCAACACAAGUAUCCACCUUACUGUGCAAAGCAUAAGUAUGCUAUUUUCUGUGAAUUUCGAUCCAUUAGCCAUUAUAGGUAUUUAACUAGAAAAAUGCAGUAAACCGUUGUCGCGACCAAGACCAAGGCAUAAUUUUAAGAUUAAUGUUUUAAAAAUAAAAUUUUGAAUACAGAAAUAUGAUGGAAAAAUAAAAUGACAGGCCUACUUUUAAAUAUUCCUUUGAAACUGAAACCGCCAAUAGGUGGCGACAAAACACUUAAUGAGUGAGUCAAUGAAUCAUUUAUUCAAACGAUUUGUUCAAAUGAUUCAUUUAGCUGAUUCAUUUUGUAACAAAACAACGCAGAGUGUUGCUCCAACAGUUCUGCUAUGGAUUUGUUUGGAACUAUUUUCAUUUCUGAAACAGCAAAAAAAUUGUGUAUAAAAUAUAAGUCACUUAAUAUUAACUUCUUGUUCAUUGAACAUUUGUAUAAAAUCAAUAGCACGUUUGCUCAUAUUCAUAAAAACAGCUCUCUUGCUCUUGUGAUAUUGUUUAAUUAUAACCUAUAUUAAAUUAUAUAAAACACAAAAUCUCAUACAAGUACUUUUUUGCAAUCAUAUCUUGCAUUUGUGGGCUUUUGUAUUAAUUUUGGGCAAUUGGUUUUUUUAGACAACCCUGCAUUGAUUUCGAACCCAGCACAACAGUAACAAACUAAAUCACAUUAGAAAUAAGUUAUUGGUUACAUUUUAAGUAGCAUGUUUUACAUCAGAUCACAUUAAUGAUGUUAACAAAAUAAAUCAGACAGUGCAUUGGCUAUUUAGUGAUAUCCCUGCAGUUAAUAAAAUCCCUCUUAGUCUGAGACCGAGACAAGACCAAGACUUUCUAAAAAUGGUCUUGAGAACUACAACACUAGUAAACAGUAAAGCUAUUUCCACUACAAACCAGUGUUUAUUAUUACAAUAAUGCAUUAAAAAUAUAGCUGCAAGCAGCAAAUAUCGGGGUUCAAGUGCUUUAAUGCUUUUAGGCAUAUGCGUAAAAAGGUAUUAUGUUUUAUUUAGCAAGCUUGUAACCAUCUCGAUCAUAUAUGGAAAAGACAAUUUACAGCCAUUACAGGCAUUUACCAUAGGAAAUAUAUGUUUUUUAAAGCUUU